AUGUCAACACCUAGUCAGGCAAACUUGUACAAUCAAGAGUUCACUGGCACAACUGCUUCAGAACAGAAUUUAUUACCUCAGUCACAAAACAAUACCCACUCGGAAAUCCAUAUUCUUCAACAACUUCCUCACCAAAUACAACAUUCCCGACCAAAGUCUUACAUGCUAAACGAACCUUAUAUUCCAUUACCGCCGAAUUAUCAAGCAGUCCAACAAAAUGAAUACUACACUAACAACGACUAUGGAAAUAACUUGAACACUAUUAGUCCAUCUCUUCCGCUAACCAACCUUACUCAAGGUACUUCCUCUGGCGGACAACAGGGGUCAGCUGAACAGCUAUCUGUGCCUAUUCAGCAACAAAGUAUAAUUCAAUCACAACAUGAUCAGCAUCUGCAUGUUUAUCCUUCUGUAUUCCAACAGCAACAACAACAAUUUUAUCAACAGCAGCAACAGCCGCUUGGAUUGCAAAAUCCCUACCAAGCCCAACAUACCCAUAUGAUGGCCCCUUCAACAUAUCCCAAACCGCUCCAUAACCACUCUAACUCAAAUACUUCAACUACAACCAACUCUUCACUGAAAAUCUCACACUCAAGAAAUUCAUCCUCUUCUAGUACUGUCCAAGAAUAUCCAGACGUUGCAAAGCCGAAAAUUGCUACUGUCUUCUGGGAGGACGAAAAGACUAUAUGCUACCAGGUGAGAGCAAGAGGUGUCUUAGUUUCUAGAAGAGAAGAUACUAACUUUGUCAAUGGUACAAAAUUGUUGAAUGUAAUAGGGAUGACUCGAGGUAAAAGGGAUGGUAUUCUCAAGACGGAAAAGACCCGCAACGUUGUCAAGGUAGGAUCCAUGAACCUCAAAGGGGUCUGGAUUCCUUUCGACAGAGCAUUCGAAAUUGCUAGAAACGAAGGAGUUGAUGAAGCAUUGCACCCACUCUUUGUCAAGGACAUUAAGACCUUUUACAAGACUAAAGGUUACAAAUUGAAGAUUUCAACAGAGGGUAAUCAGAUCGUCAAAACCCCGGUUGGCAGUCCCAUACAAUCCACAAGUCCUGGCACCAUUGAUGAAAAGGGACCAAUUAGAACCACCACACCCAUGGUAUUCAACUCGUCAGACGCUUUGAAGAAUCAAAAUUCCUUUCGCACUGACUGCUAUGAAUCUUGA